AAACCAAAAUAUAAAAAAAUAAAAAAACAUUAUGCCAAAAACUAAGAAAUGGUCUUUUUAUUUGACUUAAAGUUAUUUCUCUCCUUGUUGGUUUUAAAAGUGACCAAAUGCCAAUAUAUAAAUGGACAAACGAACCCCAACCCGCAACAUCGAACUGAUGUUACUAACUGUUGUCCUUAGCUAAGCUCUUUUCGUUUCACUCAGUUGUUGUUCUUGUCUUGACUUUAGUUUUGAAAACUCAUGGAACGUGGGGUUCUUGAUGGUAUCAUCAAUAGGCUGCUUGAAGUCAGAGGGAGACCCGUGAAGCAGGUGCAGCUUUCUGAGUCAGAGAUUAAGCAGCUUUGUCUUGUCUCCAAGGAUAUCUUCUUGAAGCAGCCAAACCUCUUGGAACUCGAGGCACCAAUUAAGAUCUGCGGAGAUGUCCAUGGUCAAUAUUCCGACCUUCUGAGACUCUUUGAGUAUGGUGGAUUGCCACCUCGUUCUAAUUAUCUAUUUUUAGGGGAUUAUGUUGAUCGUGGAAAGCAAAGUCUGGAGACUAUAUGUCUUCUUCUGGCAUAUAAAAUAAAAUAUCCUGAGAACUUUUUCCUUCUGAGGGGUAACCAUGAAUGUGCUUCUAUAAACCGUAUCUAUGGAUUUUAUGAUGAAUGUAAAAGGAGAUUCAAUGUCAGGCUUUGGAAAGUGUUUACAGAUUGUUUCAACUGCUUGCCUGUGGCAGCUCUCAUUGAUGAAAAGAUAAUCUGUAUGCAUGGUGGACUCUCUCCUGAUUUACACAGUUUAAAUCAGAUAAGGACUUUGCCACGUCCUAUUGAAGUCCCUGAAACUGGUCUACUAUGUGACCUUCUCUGGUCUGAUCCUAGUAGAGAAAUUCAGGGUUGGGGAGAUAAUGAACGUGGAGUUUCCUAUACUUUUGGUGCUGAUAGGGUGACAGAAUUUCUUCAAAAGCAUGAUCUUGAUUUAAUUUGCAGAGCCCACCAGGUUGUUGAAGACGGGUAUGAAUUCUUUGCUAAUAGACAGCUUGUAACAAUCUUUUCAGCACCUAAUUACUGUGGAGAGUUUGACAAUGCUGGCGCUAUGAUGACUGUUGAUGAGACACUUGUGUGCUCUUUUCAAAUAUUGAAGCCUCUAGAUAAAAAGCCUAAAUUUGGCUUUAAGAGCACAACUACAGUUAAGCCUAGUACUCCAACAAAAUUUAAGCAAGCAUUUCUUGGCGCUAAAGCAUGACCUGGUGGACGUACCAUCAUCAAUUAGUAAUGUUUGAUACAUAGCCAAAGUUGACUUGGAAGAAGUGUUAUCCGUGUUCACUUCAAUGUGAAGGAAGAGUACAACUACCAAUAACAUAAAGAGCUUCAAAAAAUAGAGGAUUUUGUCUCUGCUUUACCCUUUAGGGACAGCUGAAUGUUUCUUUCUUCUGCUGGCACAGUUGCACCUUGUACAAUAUAUAUGUCAAAAGCAAAUGGAGGACUGAGGUGUCACUUUUCUUCUUUCAGUUCUCUAUCAUCAUCUUUGUUGAUCUCCCUUUGUAUUAUAAUGAAUUAACGCAGCCUACCUUUGAACCUCAUUUGGAAGUUAAAUUUCACCAUUGUGAAUGUUGGCGCUCUGCUGGUUUGGUCUAUGGUUUAGACAUUUUUCAUUCAUGAUGGAAUGAAGUUUAUAAAGGUUUAUGUUAUGCACAUCACAAUAUGCUAAUUUUUAUUUUCUCAAUGUAGAUGUGAUUUACAAAGGUAUAAUCCCGAAUUCA